GGGAGCCAGUUUGCAGUCUGAUUUAUUCAACAUGCCCUCCGGGGAAAGCAGUUUAAACACGAAAGCUGUGGAUCCUUUAAACUAUGACAGGUGCCCUGACUGCAUUUAGUUAACUGUGGUUGUCAAGGCUAAGUUCACAUUUAUGUGGCAUUAGGAACGAGAAGGAAUGUGCUGCGAUAAAGCAAUGCUUGUGAUAGGUCGCUGUGGUUAGUGAGGGGGCCGGCAGGCACUCUUCAGUGAUUCUGCUGGUGUAUUUUGCUUGUUCCCGGCACACCGGGCAGCCUUUUCCUCCUUGAAGUCCGGUGUUAGCAUGUGCUGUCCACUGGGAAGAACAAUGCAUACUGUCCUGGCCCUUUACACAUUGUGCAGAUGCAAGUGCAAGGGCUUCUUGGAGAAAGGACAUUAAUAAUACCUAAGAUCCACUGGAAAAAAUGUCCCCGGCCUUCUGGAAAGCUCAGAAAAAUGAACACUCGCUGAAAAACAAGCACCCUCCUACAAGCAGGCCUCCACUGAUGAGGAAGUCAGCCCGGCCCUCCCUUGCUUGAUCAUGGGCACCAAAAAUGAAGAGCUGGUGUCUGCAGAGCAGAACUUGAACCCUCUGUGCUUUGAAUGUGGCCAACAACAUUGGACAAGAGAGAACCACUUGUACAAUUACCAGAAUGAUGUGGACGAUGACUUGGUCUGCCAUAUUUGCCUUCAACCCUUGCUACAGCCAUUAGACACACCUUGUGGUCACACUUUCUGCUAUAAGUGCCUACGGAAUUUCCUGCAGGAGAAGGACUUCUGUCCUUUGGAUCGCAAAAGGCUUCACUUUAAGUUGUGCAAAAAAUCCAGCAUCCUUGUUCACAAACUGCUUGACAAGCUUUUAGUGUCAUGUCCCUUUUCCUCCGUGUGUGAGGAAGUAAUGCAACGAUGUGAUCUGGAGGCACACCUGAAAAACAGGUGUCCAGGGGCUUCCCAUCGAAGAGCUGCCUUGGAGAGGAGAAAAAACAGCAAAUUGCAGGCAGACACGGAGAGUGAGAGCGAGAGCAGUAUGAUAGAUCGGCCAGGUUCUCAGUCUCCUGAUGCAGAGCAUGCUGGGACAGGCACAGCGCCAGCGGAGCAGAACUUUACUUCGGCAACUGUUCCUGUGUGGACAGAUGAGUCUGGCCUUGACAACCCUGCCUUUGAGGAGAACACAGGGGCUGACACAACCCAUCAGCCACCAAGCUUGCCGGAAGGCGAAAUUACAACCAUCGAAAUCCAUCGGUCCAAUCCUUAUAUUGAGCUGGGAAUUAGCAUAGUGGGUGGCAAUGAAACACCUUUGAUCAAUAUUGUUAUUCAGGAGGUUUAUCGCGAUGGGAUUAUCGCCAGAGAUGGAAGGCUGCUUGCUGGGGAUCAAAUACUGCAGGUUAAUAAUUUUGACAUCAGUAACGUCUCCCACAACCAUGCAAGGGCCAUCCUUUCCCAGCCUUGCACAGUGCUGCACCUCACCGUCCUCCGGGAGAGGCGGUUUGGAAGCCGAACUCACAACCACAGUGAUAGCCCUCCUCAGCGCGAGGAGAGUUUUCAUGUGACUCUGCAUAAACGAGACUGCAACGAACAGCUUGGUAUUAAGCUGGUACGGAGAACGGACGAGCCAGGAGUUUUUGUCCUAGACCUCUUGGAAGGUGGCUUGGCUGCUCAAGAUGGCCGACUCUGCAGCAAUGACAAGGUGUUGGCUAUCAAUGGGCAUGACCUGAAACAUGGCACACCUGAACUGGCUGCUCAGAUUAUCCAGGCCAGUGGUGAAAGGGUGAGUCUAACCAUUUCCAGGCCAGCCAAGUCCCAGAUCAUGAGCAUCCUCAGAGAUGGUGGGACUCAUCCCACCAGCCAACACCAGUCUCAUCAACUGUAUCAUAGUAAUAGGCCCAGCCCACAUAAGGAUCUUUCCCAGUGUGUUACUUGUCAAGAGAAGCACAUUACAGUGAAGAAGGAACCUCACGAAUCCCUCGGCAUGACUGUGGCUGGAGGCCGGGGCAGCAAAAGUGGGGAACUACCAAUAUUUGUCACAAGUGUGCAGCCCCAUGGCUGCCUGGCGAGAGAUGGAAGGAUUAAAAGAGGUGAUGUGCUGAUGAAUAUAAAUGGCAUUGAUCUGACCAACUUAAGUCACAGUGAGGCAGUGGCCAUGCUCAAAGCCAGCGCAGCCUCCUCGGUUGUUUCUCUUAAAGCCUUGGAGGUCCAGAUCGCCGAAGAACAGCCUCAGGCAACUGAAGAGCAACCAAGCACCAUCAGCGAGAAUGAAUAUGAUGCCAGUUGGUCACCCUCAUGGGUGAUGUGGCUGGGACUUCCAAGCUGCCUGCAUAGCUGCCAUGAUGUCGUCCUGCGGAGAAGCAAUUUAGCGAGCUGGGGCUUCAGCAUUGUGGGUGGCUAUGAAGAGAACCACACAAACCAGCCUUUCUUCAUUAAAACGAUUGUCCUGGGAACACCAGCAUACUUUGAUGGAAGACUAAAAUGCGGCGAUAUGAUAGUUGCGGUGAAUGGACUUUCGACCGUCGGCAUGAGCCAUUCAGCGCUGGUCCCUAUGUUGAAGGAACAGAGGAACAAAGUAACUUUGACAGUUAUCUGCUGGCCAGGAAGUCUUGUAUAGACCUGCAAAAAAAAAAGAGAGAGAGAAGUUUUGGUUCAAGCAGCUUACUUUUUUCUAGAUGGCUGGUUCAAAAUCCUCAAGCUGUGUUUUUGUUUGUUUGAUUGAUUGAUUUCUUUCCUACUACUGAUACAGCUGGUAAUAAGCUGGGCCAAAAACUGCUACAUUCAUAUCUUAGGUUGGUCAUUUGGGAGGGAAGAUUCUCAACCUCACUGUGUGCAUCUUUCCAUCUUGAAACCGUCAUUCCCACCAUGUUUUGGUUUGGUUUGUGUUUUUCCGCACUGACACUCAAAGCAUCCAUGUGCACACACUGUAGGGUUCGGAGGGGGGGGGGUGCCUUCCUCUGGUGAUUGUAGUGCUUUAAAAAAAGUGGGUGCCCAGUCUGCUAAGGUGCCAGCUUGCCAGACCCCCACCAGUUUUGAGGCCAACUAAGCUGUUCCGUGUGUUGAUAGCCCCUGGCCCAAACACGGCAGAAUUGCUGUGGGGGGAAACAGCCAUUCUCUUGCAAAUUCCUACAGCGAGAAGCAGCACCAAAUCCUCCUAAUAGCAGGUGUGAGACAUUUCCUGUUUUGCUUCCAGGUUUGCUGCCAUCAUCACUGGGGAGGCAGAAGCACCUUUUAAAUGUUGUUAAAAUAUACUCCCAGUGUUACUAUUUAACUAGAGUGCUCCCGCAAACAGUUCCUAUCUUGGAAGUGUUUGUGUCUCUUGAAGCACGGGCAAUUUCUAAUGUUAUGGCUGUCACGUUAGAAACAGCAGAACACAGUUCUAUGUAGCACCUGCCCCAGAGAAUAUAACCCUGCUAUGUGAAAGGAACACAGCACAUGGAUUGCCCCCAUUGGAUGGAAAGUUGCUAUACUACUGCCUGCAUCCCCUAGGAAUACAUUAUGCUGGCCUAGAAACUCUCCGUGUAAGGAACAAUGGAUGUUAACCCACCAUACCAUUUACUCCAGCGGAUUUCCUCAUGAUGGUUGUAGCAUAUGGAUCUGCCCAGCGGGGUCCUCGUUUUCAUUUUCAAGCAUGGUGUUUGCUUGCGAGAGCAUCCCUGGCAUUUAUUCAUUCAAGGGUGUUGGAUACACACAAGGGUAGCACCAAGGUCAGGUUCACAUCAGACACACCACCAGCGCAUAGCCAGUCUGUAAGAUCUGCACCAUCUCCUGGGUUGUUUCUGCAUCAGGUGGACACCCACGUGCAUCCUACAUGCACAUAUUGUGCUGUGCUAUGGACAAGGUUGUGUGUACUCUGUGUUGAAGAAAUGCAGAUUUUGUAACCUGAAUAAAUUAUGAAAAUGUG